AGCUUCUCUGGAAGCUGAGACUGUUUCGGAUGUAUCGGGGCCCUUAUACAAGAACGCAAACAUGCGCGCUCGUCUCAACCUUCUACAGCUUACUCUGGAUAUAUUGUUCAUGUUACCUCUGUUCUAAGAACUUUCAGCAAUACAGCGCUUUGAUUUCGAGAUUUCAAAAUGGAAGCAAUCCAGGGAACUCAGCAACCGGGGAGAAUGCGCCUUCCAACUAUCAUGGCGCACGCGGCGCAGAUCAUUCUGGCAACUGUAGUUCUGGGUCUUGCAGCGUAUGGAGUCGAUUAUAUCCCAUACAACGUCCUGAUAUACUCCGUGGCUGUGUGCGCAUGCAGUCUUAGUGUAUCAUCAUGGAUGGUCGCUUCGAAAACUUUCCUUGCCAAGUUUGAUAACAUCUGGGUGUCGAUGGGUCUUCAUGUGUGGAUGCUCGUCUUCUGGGUCGUCAACCUUGGACUUACUGCCAAUCUGGCGAGUGAAUGGAGCCCCCAGUGUUCUUCCACCGAGGAAGCCGACAAAAUCUGCUCAACAUAUGUUACAAAGAGGGACACAACAUUCCGUACCUACUACGGAGCAUUAGUCGCAAGCGCAGUACUUAUCGGGGUUCAAGUGCUACUCUGGAUUGCUACCAUAACCCUGCUAGCACUCGACCUCAAGCGUCGCCGUUCGACCGUGUCGCCAGCCCCCAGCGGCGGCCUGACACCGCGCUUCUCUGCCGAGUCGCAGGCAACCGAAGGCUACCUCGAGAAGCAGCCCAAUGUAUUCGACAACACAUCGAAGGCGAGCAAGUAAGACCAUUUCAGCCGCACGCUAUUGGCGACGAGUUUCCAAAUCUCACUAUUCCUGGACCGGCGAAGAUGGCAUAGGUGAUCUUGGGUCGCCAGUAUUAUUGUUUCGAGCUGUGGAUAGGUUGUAUGUCGCGAACCUGGAGGUUGAUGCUCGGUCGGGACGUUCUCCUCGACCUGGACAUAGAUCAACUGAUGGGUCUGAUCGCGGUGGACAGUAGUCGGGCUAGGAUGAAGACCAAGAUUGAACGUAAUGAUACCCAAACAGAUUCUCAUACUGCACCCAGACACGUCCAAUCAGCUGCUUGAACCUUUUGUAGGAUCCAAACUAU